ACGUGACCCGGCAGCGCGAGGAGGCACACACGCGCGUCAGUCAGCUGAUCCCCGUCUCUCGUGCCUCUUUCGCGGGCGACAAAUUUGUUCUGCUGCCGGUACUGACAGGCAGGGGCGGCUGGAUAUUGCGCGCGCAGCUCCUGGAACCCUCUGUAUUAAACGGCACCAGCGGCACUGAGGUCACCAUGUCAGGGGAGGGAGAGGAGACGGUGACAGAAGCCCAGGUAUCUUACAUUGGAAAAGACUGUACAGAAAUUCCAUCCUUUCUUGCACGAAGAUAUGGGGAUCUUGCAGACAGACUGGAUCUGAGUUUUAACUUGUUGCGAUCUGAUCUGAUGUCUGAGGGCUUUGAAAGCUGUAAAGAUGAAAGACCAGAAAGCUAUUCAAACACUUCAUUCAAAUAUGCUGGAAAAGAAAGGGAAGACGUCACUCUUGGACUAUGGUCCCUGGAUGGACUGGAAGGCUUUGUGUGCCUGAAGGAGCUUAUACUGGACAACAACCAACUGGGGAAUCAUGUCUGCUUUCCAUCACUACCAUACCUUCACACGUUGACUAUCAAUAAGAACCAGCUGACAGAGCUGGACUUUCUUCUGGACUCACUGGCUCUAUCUGCCCCGGCCCUGGAAUAUCUCAGCUUGCUUGGUAACCAGGCCUGUCCCAAUGAGCUUGUUUGCAUGGAAAAAGAUGAAAAUGACUAUCAACGUUAUAGGUACUAUGUCCUGAACAAACUUCCUACACUAAAGUUUCUGGAUACGAGGAAAGUGACAAAGAAAGAGCGUGAAGUGGCAAGUUCCAGAGGGGCCUUUAUGAAAGUUGUAAAGCCACAAGAAAACAAGGAGUCCAUUCCACCUGUCUUGAUGCUUGACUGGUAUACAGAGAAUUUGGUAACCCUGAUGGAAUGGCCAGCUCAGAGUCCAGAUCUAAACCUCAUUGAUAACCUCUGCGGUGAACUGGAGCGACAGCUGCAUUCUAGGCUGACUCGAUCUUCUUCAUUGUCACAGUUGGUCACUGUACAUAAGGCGGAAUAGCAAAACAUACCACCUUGCUGUUGUCCAGGAACAUGUGAACAGUUAGACAAGAAGGGUGUCUGCAGUAAUCACUGCACAUGGUGGACCUAAAAAGUAUUGUCAAUAAAAUCUUGUUGAUCUA